UAUGUCACGAACCACUUCCCAAGCGUCCACCGUCACCUCCACCACCACAAAUGGCCAUGUCCGCAGUCUGUCGGCCAAAACAAACAUCAAGGCCGCUGCUCGGAGCAACCCGCUGCCGCCCUCAGACAUCAAGCUGUUCGUGACCAAUCUCCGCCUUCUCGACCUAGACAUCCGCACCGACUGGCCAAACAUCACUGUGCAAACUUUUUCUUCAAAGAAUGCAGAUCAGAAACAGCGAAUCGGUGCCUCUGAAUGGGCGCUCUUCCGCUUGUUUGAGAUAUGGGACCCAGCCGAGACAAAUCAGCUCCGGCCGUUCUUUCCACCCCUCGAACCGCUCCAAUCGCGCAACCUUCGCAUCGCUCUUCACCGCUCAUUGGACACCCUGAAAAAAGAAGGCGUGUUGGGGAGGGAAGCUGUUUUGAGGAAAACUAUGAUGGACGAGUGUAAAGGCGACAAGUUCUUUGAAGUACUAUGCAUGUUCUCGACCGCGGUGUUGAAGAAGGUCCAGGCUUCCAAGCCAUCGAGGAAGAAAGCUACUCCAGCCGUUGCGAAUCGACUCGCAAAUGCGCAAAACUUAUCCAGUCACGCGCAGGAUUCUUUGAUACCACUGUCGAUAGUACACAAAGCUUCUUUGUCCAAUGUUUUGAAGCGGAAGGACGAGAAAAGGACUAGGUUCGCCCAGUUCGAGGAGUUGCUAGACUCUAAAGCAGACAGUAUAAAUCAGCGGUUGCGCAAAUCCAAGGAGACACCCAAGUCUCGAAAGCCGGCCAUGUCAGAGAAAGAGGUGGAUUCAUUCAAACAACAGCUCAAAGACAGCUGGAUCGGUGACCAGAAGUGGAUCGAUGUAAUGCUACACGGGGACGAUGUUCAAGCUGAGGGUGCUUUCUUAGCGAGAUCUUUCAGAUCGGUUUGGCGUGCAAUUGAGCAAGGACUUCAGCCGGAGGAAGCUUCUCCUGAUAUGGGACUGAUGGAGAAUCUACAAUCGAGAGUUCAAGAGCAGCAGACCAGGCUUUCCAGGUGGAAAAGCUUUCACGCAGAAUUCCAGGCCCAAGGUUCGGCUCCGUCCGAAUCAGACAUCAAGCCUACAGUUGCCGUGAAGGAGUUCAAGUUCGAUGACCAUCUACAGCUUCAGCUUCCAAAGACGUUCUCAAAGAAUGAAUGCUCGCCAAAAGCAAGCUUGCGACCAGAAUUUGAAAGUAUUCUAUCUGAGAUGGACGAAGAAUUAUCGCGGGUUGCAACAGCCAAACAUAAUCGCUCUUCGUUGUUACGAUCAAGACGGCAGAGGUCUUCCUUGGAAAGCCCCAUCAGACAAGAUAUGCCGCGGAAAACAAGUCGCUCUGGCAUUGUUCCCCCAGUCGAACAAUUACGGCCUAUGAAGCCGUCACCUCCCUCGGAAGAACAAUAUCAAGAAUCAGUUCCAGCUCGCCAGCUUCCAGUCUACCUCCGAACUAGCAAUUUGGCGACGCCUCCCGUAGACUCAGAGCUUACACUUGUCGCCGCGCCAUCGACUUAUGACAAUGCAACAAUCGCCUCGCACUCUUCCGAAUCAUUGUCGGAUCAGGAUCACUCACCUCACGCGCCUAAUCUAACAUCCGACCCGCUCCCCACUAUCACCACAACAUUACACCAGCAACCCGUCACCUCAUUGUUGCCGUCGCCAUCCCCGACCCCAUCCCCAUCCUCUUCACCCCCGUCUGCCCCAUCAUACUUCCCCUCUGAGCCCCCUCUGCUCGAGGCCCCUCAGUUGACCUCGGAGGAAACACUAGCUGCACAGAUUGUAUCUACAAUCGGUGACGCAACACCAUCUCCAGUCAAGAAAAAGCAACCUCGUCUCUCUCUCAUGGAACGCACCCGCAUGUCCAUGUCAAACACCAACACCUUCCAACCCAUCCCCGAAUCCCCUCCUCUACCAUCCCCGAGCCUCCCAACAGCCUACGAAGAUGAUGAGGAAGGUCUCCCAACAACCGCAACGAGACCGCAACAAUCCCUUCUAGAACGCACCCGUCAAAGCAUGGCCACUAUGAACCCACCCAAACCCCGCGCCUCUCUCGCGCCACCCCAACACCGAGACAUGAACUCAUCCCGCCGCAAGAGUUCCCGCCAGUCCAUUUUCCCCGUCAACCAAUUCGACACACCGCGCAGCCGCAAAUCCAUCCAAGCCAUCGAGGAAUCGCAAACAGAGCUCGAAAGCACGCCCAAGGAAGAUCUGUUCUCUGAUGAAGUCGACUACGACAGGGUGUUUAAGAGUCGCCCUAAGAUCGCGACGAGCCCCGUCUUCGGCACGCCCUUGGUUAUUGGUGGCGCAGGAGAUGCGGAUGAAGACGAGUUUGACGAGGGCGUUACGGGUGUAGAUUUGGCGGAUGUGGACAGUGAUGAUGAUGUGGAUGUUCAGGCUGCGUGGGCUGAUAGUCCGUCGAGGGAUCGUGGGGUUAGGAGAGGAGUGAGGUAUUGA